AUUGACUAGUUCCAUAACUCGUUGAUGGUUCCAUCAAUUGUCCGCCUGUCAUACCUCUCAUUCAUUGAUGAUUCAUUCGUAUUUUGGCUUGUUGUAGUGAUAGACCAAUACUUCGUAAAGGUCGACCUAAUGGGUGCUAGAUGCUGAAAAUAGCUGAUGCUGGAAACAAAAACUGAAGUGUCAAUCAAUGUUGUCCAAUACUUCAACUGUCGUGUUUACUAAGCCUCUGCCUGAUUCCUGUAGAGUUCAUCCAACGAUAAGGGAACCAACAACAUGUUUCUGUUGAUUCUGGGAUCGGUGGGGGCCUCCCUCAUUGCCAUGUAUUUCCUUGCUCCAUGGCUGCCAGUCGAUCUAGCCUACAUAUAUACGAACAUCAAAGUGCUGAGCUUAUAUCAAAAACUUGCCAAAAAACGUGUACUCAUGAUUGAACUCUUUGAGGAGUCAACGAAACGGAAUCCAAAAAAGCCGUUUAUCCAUUAUGAGGGAGCUGCAUACAGUUAUGAAGAAGUGGAUGAGUCAGCCAACAAGGUCGCUCACUUUGCCGAGGAGAUCGGUCUCAAGACUGGGGACAUUGUCGCCAUUAUGAUUCAGAAUUCCCCAGAAUACCUCUGGACACUGUUUGGACUCCAGAAACUAGGUAUUCAAGUUGCCUUGUUGAAUACGAAUAUCCGUUCCAAGUCCCUUCAUCAUUGCCUGACAGUGAGUGGUGCCAGGACAGUGGUCUUUGGUAAAGAUGUGUUAGAUGCCGUUGAAAGUGUAUCUGCUGAGCUGAAGGCUGAAGGCUAUAAUGUGUGGAUCCAGGGCAAUCAUGUGCCUCCUGCUUAUCAAUCCAUGGAUGAAGUAUUGGAAAGAAUGUCUGCGGUCCCUAUUGACCCGCGCGUCAGAAGUUCCAUCAGUGUGGAUGAUCCCUCUGUCUUUAUAUACACUUCAGGGACGACAGGUCUCCCCAAGGCAGCCAUCGUAACCCACAAAAGAUGCUGUGGGGGAAUCUCAAUGAUGCCUCGUGGUUGUCGGCUUACACCAGAUGAUGUGACAUACGUACCCCUGCCUCUUUACCAUGGCUCUGCUCUGUUAUUUGGUGUGGGUGGAUCUGUUUUCACUGGAUCUUCAAUUGUUAUACGGAAGAAAUUUUCUGCCUCUCAUUUUUGGAGUGAUUGUCGCCGGUACAAUGUGACUGUGAUUAUAUAUAUUGGAGAACUAUGUCGCUACCUGGUGUCAAGGACAGAGCAAGCCAAUGACAAGGAUAACAGUGUUCGGCUGGCUUUAGGCAACGGCCUUCGUCCUGAGAUUUGGAACACCUUCAAGAAGCGCUUCAACAUCAAAGUUGUAAGAGAGUUCUACGCUGCUACAGAAGGUGCUGGUUUCUUUGUAAACCUUGGAGACGUACCUGGUUCAGUGGGAAGGUUGUCCCCUAUUAUGAAAGCUCUCAGCCCCAUAAAACUGCUCAAGUUUGAUUAUGAGAAAGAAAGUGCCUACCGUGGACUGGAUGGGCGCUGUGUGGAGGCAAAGCCAGGUGAAGUUGGUUUAUUUGUGUGUCAAAUUCUGCCCGGCAAGAUUGACUUUGACGGUUACAAAGGACGGAAAGAACUCAAUGAAAAGAAGAUAUUACACAACGUCUUGAAGGAUGGAGAUGCAUUCUAUAACUCUGGUGAUCUGCUGGUGACAGACAAAAUGCACAAUGUCUAUUUUAGGGACAGGGUUGGAGACACUUUUAGAUGGAAAGGAGAAAAUGUGUCAACCACAGAAGUGGCAUCUGUCCUAGCUGAUGAGCAAAUCAUCUUUCAUGUGAAUGUUUAUGGGAUUCAAAUACCUGGUUGUGAUGGCCGAGCUGGUAUGGCUGCAAUGACGAUUAAAGAUGGUCAUGAGGUUUCUGACGAAUUCUUCAACAGCCUGUACACAAAGGUUGUUGAGUUCCUCCCUGUCUAUGCCAGGCCACUGUUCCUUCGCUUACAAACCGAGAUCCAGACAACGUCGACUUAUAAAUAUAUAAAAAUCAACCUCCAACGAGAUGGAUUUGACCCGAACUUGAUCAAGGAUCCAUUGUAUAUGUUGGAUAACAACAAUCAGACGUAUACGCCUCUAAACCUGCAGCUGUAUGGACAAAUCGUUUCGGGAGAAAUAAGACUUUAGGAACUGAUACCUCAUCUCCUCAUUCAUUCGGAUCAUGUUCGAAAGAUGCAUGCUGAAAAAACUUGUUUGUGACAACCUGUAUAUAUAAUGAUAUAGAAUAUUUUUCUGGUGAAAGAAGAAAUUUGGUGUUAUCCAAGAGGUAAGUCAUUUGCUCGCAGAGGUUUAAAGAGGAUUCUCAGGCUGAACGAACUGCCAGGAAAUAUUUUACACCUCUUUAUAUAGUUUGCUAAGAAGUAUAAACAAAGUGUUAUUGGCGUCCAUUACUAUUUUGAUUGUAACGUUUCCUUAAUCAGUCAGGCAAGGAUACCCGACCAAUGAGUUGUUGCCGAUUCAGUGAGUUUUAGAAGUGACACGGGUUAUAGCAGGAGUGCAGUCAGGAUCCCAGACAAGGCGGUCAUCAAAUAGAUGGGUGCCCAUAAUACAGGCAAAAUAGCUUGUUUUGGUAACAACUCACCAUUCAGGGCUCGUUGCCUGACUGGUAACGUAGUGCGCACAUUUGAUAUUGUAUUUCUAUUUUUCUUACUUUUUCACAAGGGUUCAAAUAUUGUAACUGUUUGGUGACAGACAUACAUUUUGCUGAUUGCAGUCCAUGUACAGUGUUAAGAAAAUCGUCCACUCUACUCCUGUCUCCCUCUUUCAGCAUUCACAUUGGUAGACUAUAAAUUUUGUAGGCAUUUAUUUUGUAAUGCGUUUUGUCCAGGGUAUUAUUACAUCGAUAACGUGAACUGCAUCUGUGUGAACCAAAUAUAUUGAUUCGUACAGCACUCAAGGUUUGUCAGCGACUCUACAGAGUUUAUAAUAUAUAUUUAAAAAUGUAUUUGUAUUGAAUAUUUGUAUUGUAGUUGUAGAUUUCAUAAUACCAGGCUAGAUUAUGACGAGAGCUGAAAUGGAUAAGUUUUAUUACCCAUUUCAUCAAAUCAAAAAACCUGAAAAUUGGUGACUUAUAUAUUUUUGCAAUUAUCUGUGAACGCGAAAAUGAAAGGCACACAAGUAUUUCUGGGGUUAAAGUACUCAGUAUCUCAGGCUCAACUAUUCAUAUAUUCCAAUCUUUAUACAUCCAGUAUAUCAUUAUUGGCCCAGAAAUGGAAAUGUUUUAGUUCGAUGGCUUUUGCUAAUAAUAGGGAAAUGUUUUAUAGUUAUGAAUAUAGAUGUAUGGGUAAGGUAAAGUGGUACAUUACAGCCCCUGUACAAUUACAGCCUAUGCAGUGUACAGAACAGCUGACAGGAUGCAUUAUUACACACAGAUGCUAUCAUUGUACUGGAGCUAUGAUUGUGUCAUUUUACCUUACUUAUAUUUGUGACUCGCUCUACCAAAACUAGGCGCUUGUCGCAUCUGAACUUGACAGGUUGAUACGGACUUGUUGUUCAUUUCCCUAUUGUAGACCUUUUGUGAAAUCUGACCAAAUCAGUUUGUAAUAGAUUUCACAAAAGGUCUACAAUAGGGAAAUGAACAACAAGUCCGUAUAGAUUUCACAAAAGGUCUACAAUAGGGAAAUGAACAACAAGUCCGUAUCAACCUGUCAAGUUCAGAUGCGACAAGCGCCUAGUUUUGGUAGAG